AAAACGUACAAAAAAAUAACAAUGUUUUAUUUAAGUGAAGUGUUGUGUAUCUUCGUGAAAACCGGUUGUUCGUUUAUGAAAAAUAGCUAAUUUAUUACAUUUGAUUUAUUGAUGGUUAAAGAAGUAUAAAUAAAAGUUCUUAACAUGGGUGAUGUUACUAAAUCAUUUUUGUAUGCCUGGUGUGGUAAAAAUAAAAGUACCCCAUCAUAUGAAGUCAGAAAUUCUGGUGGCAAAAAUAGGCCAAGGUUUUUGUGUGAGGUAACUGUUCCUGGGUUUUCAUAUGUUGGUGUUGGCAAUUCUACAAACAAAAAGGAUGCUCAGACUAAUGCUGCGAGAGACUUCCUAUCUUUUCUUGUUCGAGAAGGAAAAUUAUCACAAUCAGAGGUUCCUAUUGAACUACCUAGUCAGGCAGUUCCAAAUGCAUAUAAUAGUGGCCCUUCUGAAUUACCUGCUGGUGGACCUGUAGCUCCUCAUAUUAAAUUAGCUUCUUCUGAGCAAAAUUAUCCUAUCAGAAAUGAUUACGUGCCUUUAAAUCAAGAAUCUACACCUGACUAUGUUAAAAGAAUUGAGGAGCAAAGACGGACGGAGGAGGCUGAAGACUUGGAUAUUAAUUCUGGAAUCCAUGGUAACUGGACUUUAGAUAAUGCAAAAUCACGGCUUCACCAAUUUCUCCAGAUGAACAAGUUAAAUCCUGAGUAUAAAUAUUCUCAAGUUGGUCCUGAUCACAACAGGAGCUUUCUGUGUGAAAUGUCUUUUUAUGUGAAACAAUUGGGUAGAAAUAUUUUUGCCAGAGAGCAUGGUUCAAACAAACAAAUGGCUUCUAAGUCAUGUGCCCUGUCUCUUGUACGCCAGCUGUACCAUUUACAAGUUAUUGAAGGAUAUUCUGGUGUAACUAAGAAAAAGGAAACCGAUAAGUUGGAACCAUAUGAUGUCAGUGUGGAUCCUGCUUUAAUAAGUGAAAUUGAGGAUGUCCUAAUGGAAUUGGAAAUUCAUCCUGUAUCUGUUCCUGAGGGUGAAAGUGAAGAGCCCAUUCCUUUAACAAUUGAGAAGAAUGUAGAAGUCGAUGAAAGAUCUCCUCACACUGGUGUAGUUCCCUGGUCUCCACCCCAAUAUAACUGGAAUCCUUGGACAAGUUGCAACAUUGAUGAAGGACCUCUGGCCACAAUGACACUUCCGGAUAUUAGCGCCGGUUUAAAGAAAGAAUAUGAAGAAAGAGCUAGUAACGAUUCUAAAUUUCAGAAGAUGCUUUCUGCAAGAGCAGAGUUACCAGUUUAUCAGUUUAAAGGGGAAAUAUUAGAAGCUAUUCAGAAUAACUCAGUAGUUAUCAUAAGAGGAGCUACAGGUUGUGGUAAAACUACUCAGGUACCUCAGUAUAUUUUGGACUACUAUCUUGAAAGUGAAUGUGGAGCUGAUUCUUGUAUUGUAGUUACUCAGCCUCGUCGUAUCAGUGCUGUCUCAGUAGCAGAAAGAAUAGCUGAUGAACGUUCUGAAGCACUUGGUAACACCACAGGUUACAGUGUUCGGUUUGAAUCUUGCUUACCUCGUCCCUAUGGCUCUAUUCUCUUCUGCACUGUUGGUGUUCUAUUGCGAAAGCUUGAGAGUGGUUUGAGAGGAGUGUCACAUGUUAUUGUUGAUGAAAUUCAUGAACGAGAUGUAAAUACUGAUUUCAUCCUGGUAGUGUUGAGGGACAUGGUACGUGCUUUUCCUCAAAUGAGAGUUGUUUUGAUGUCAGCCACAAUCGAUACAACCAUGUUCUGUGAAUAUUUUGGAAACUGCCCAAUCAUUGAAGUUUCUGGCAGAACAUUUCCUGUUCAAGAAUAUUUUCUGGAAGAUUGUGUGCAAAUGCUGAAUUUCGUUCCACCCCCCAGCACAAGAAAGAGAAAACGAGAUGAAGACACAGGUGUUGAUACUGAAGAGCCGGAAGAAAACCUAAACAAGGUAAUUGGUCCAGAUUAUUCACAAAGUACAAUGCAAGCUAUGUCUACUAUGAGCGAAAAAGAAAUGUCAUUUGAACUUAUUGAGGCUUUAUUGAUGUACAUCAAAGGUUUAGGUGUACCUGGUGCCGUUUUGGUGUUCUUGCCAGGUUGGAAUUUGAUUUUUGCUUUAAUGCGUCAUCUUCAGCAGCAUCCUAAAUUUAAUACACCUCAGUAUUCCAUUUUACCCCUCCAUUCACAAAUACCAAGAGAGGAUCAACAUAAAGUGUUUGAACCUGUACCUGAUGGAGUAACUAAGAUUAUUUUGGCUACAAAUAUUGCAGAGACAAGCAUAACAAUUAAUGAUGUAGUAUUUGUUAUUGAUUCUUGCAAAGUUAAAAUGAAGUUAUUUACAUCUCAUAACAAUAUGACCAACUAUGCAACUGUCUGGGCGUCUAAAACCAAUCUGGAACAAAGGAAAGGCCGAGCUGGCCGUGUCCGAGCUGGUUUUGCAUUCCGUUUGUGCAGUCGAGCUCGGUUUGAAAAAUUAGAUAAUUACACUACUCCUGAAAUAUUUCGUACUCCUCUGCAUGAAAUUGCUCUUGCGAUUAAAUUGCUUCGCUUGGGUGAUAUUGGUAAAUUUCUUUCUAAAGCCUUAGAACCACCACCUAUUGAUGCCGUUAUUGAAUCAGAAGUUCUUUUACGAGAAAUGGGAGCCUUAGAUCGCCAAAGCGAGUUAACAUCUUUGGGGAAAAUCUUAGCCCGUCUUCCAAUUGAACCCAGACUUGGAAAAAUGCUUGUUCUCGGAUGCCUAUUUUCGUGUGGUGAUGCAUUGUGUACAAUUGCUGCUCAUAGUAGCACUUUUCCUGAACCUUUUGACACCCCCUUUCCUAAGAGACUUGCAUAUGUGCACAGGAAGUUCUGUGGGAAUCGUUACAGUGAUCACUUGACCAUGUUGAAUGCAUUCAUACAAUGGGAAGAGGCUCACAUGCAGGGUGAAUAUGCUGAACAAUCAUUCUGUGAACGCUUCUCUUUGAAUCUUGCCACCUUGAGAAUCACUCAUGAUGCCAGGAAUCAGCUGAAAGAUCUUCUAACUACAGCUGGAUUUCCGGAGCAAAAUCUUGUAGCUCAGAAUUAUUAUUUUGAAGGGAAUGAUUCUAAACUUGAUAUAGUUGCUGCUCUCUUGGCUAUGGGACACUUUCCAAAUGUUUGUUUCCACAAGGAGAAAAGGAAGGUAAUUACAACUGAAGGAAGAGCUGCUUUGAUUCAUAAAUCGUCUGUUAAUAACACAAAUUCUCCUGGAAAGUUCCCUUCUCCCUUUUUUGUGUUUGGAGAAAAGAUUAGAACCAGGGCUGUUUCUUGUAAACAAAUGACAAUGAUUACCCCUCUUCAUUUGCUGUUGUUUGGAUCCAAAAAGGUGGAAUACGUUAAAGGCUGUGCACAAGUUGAUAGGUGGAUUAAUUUAAGAAUGCCUGCACAUCAUGCAGCUGUCAUUGUUGCCUUGCAGCCUGCUAUUGAAGAUCUAAUUAUGCAAGCAGCUGCAGAUCCUGAAUCAUUAGCUGAGCCACUUCCGGUUAUCGCAAAAAUAGCAGACAUCAUCAAAAGAUUGUGUGAUAUGAAUGCAGCUAAAUUUGGAACUGAAGAAGCUGAGGAAGCCAUACAAAACCAAGGGCUUGAUAAUGGACCUCCUAGGAAAAUGAUGCGUCUCAGCAAUACCAGGGGCCACAGUGCAGGAGGACGCUUUACCAGAGGUUCAAGCUAUGGUAGCCGUGGAAAUUAUGGUGGAUUUGGAAAUCGAGGAGGCUAUGGAGGUGGUGGUGGCGGAUAUGGGAAUAAUAGAGGUGGUGGAUAUGGAGGAAAUAGAGGUGGAGGUGGGUAUGGCGGUGGUUAUGGAGGAAACAGAGGUGGAGGUGGAUAUGGUGGCGGAGGAUACCGUGGUAACAGAGGUGGAUACGGUAAUGGUGGAGGAUGGGGAGGUGGAAAUAAUUGGUGAUUAACUUGAUUCUAGAGAUAAAAUUGUAGACUUGGUAAAAGAGUUGUAUCAUAAGAAAAUUUAUUUAUCUUUUUUCAACAUUUGUAGGUGCCUUUUUCUUUUUUGUUACUGUAUGAAUUGCCUGUUGAAACUUAUAUAACUCUGUAACUUAUUCUCAUUGCCUUUGAUCCAUAUUUGCAAAGUCAGCAAUAUUGUGUAUUUUUUAUUUUGUAUAUAUUGUUAUUAAACUAUUUCUACUCAA